AUGACAGUUUUUAUCAAAACGAAAACUAACUGUUGUGGUCGAUCAUGGUGCGUAAGAGAUCCAUGCGGCAUAAUGUGUGCUGUGGUGACAUGGUUGCUGAUAGCAUAUGGACAAGUUUGUGUGUUUCUGGUAUUGAUAUACUCAUGGGACCAAUAUCCGAUACACACGUUUCUCAACUUUGUCCUUUUCGAAUUCUUCAGUGCUUUGGCGGUUACUAGCCAUCUAAAGACAAUGAUGACAGAUCCAGGAGCUGUUGCAAAGGGAGACUGCACAGAAGAAACUGUUGAACGAAUGCAACUUCUCAAUGGGCACACAACAAUAUAUAAAUGUCAAAAAUGUUCGAGUAUAAAACCUGAUCGUGCUCAUCAUUGCUCGGUUUAUGUAUAUUGCCCUACUAUCAAUGCAUGCUCUCUACUGGGGAUAUGGCAGUUUGUUUUAUGUGUUGGUGCCGAGUGGCAAAAGUGUUCCUCUCUUACGCCACCUGCAACAACUCUACUUUUAAUAUUCUUGUUGUUCGAAUCCAUUCUUUUUGCUAUCUUCACUGCUGUCAUGUUCGGAACUCAGAUUUCUUCCAUCUGCAACGAUGAAACAACGAUCGAAUCGAUGAGAAGAAUAUCAGAACACUCUUUAAUGCCGGGACUUGUGACACCGAAAUUCGAUAAAAGUGGAAUAGCAAUUCAGUUGUACAGGAGUUUAACAUCACUACCAAAAUCAAAGUCUCAACAGGAAUUUGUUAUGGAUGUCUUCUCGGAAUUUGGAUUACAGUGUUUCACUCAAAAAUGGAAAUCGACAAUUGCAGGUUAUCCAAAAAGAGGAGAGAAUGUUUACGGAUUUGUGCGAGGACAAAGAAACGAUGGUGCAGAAGCACAACUGAUUGUUGUUCAGUUGGGAAAGUCGGAGAGCGCACGGAGAAUGAUUACUCGAAUGUUGUCUUUCGUAGAUUAUGCGAAGGAUCAAGUUUAUUGGGCCAGAGAUUUCGUAUUCGCUUUUGUAGAUGGAGGUAACGGACCUGAUUCAAUAGAACAAGCUGCGUUUGCAUUGGAUGCCUUCCUUUUCAAGUAUCAGAAAAUUGAGUCCCUAUCAUCGAAAACGAGAAGGAAUGCAACAGUUAUAGCAGAUGAAAUUCAAACACAAACGGGUGCUCUAAUUGCUGGUGUGGUUUAUGAUUUAUCCGGAAUAUCAGUAAAAGGACAACAUAUCAUCAAUAUUCAAACUAAUGGGUUGAAUGGACAACAAGUCAAUCUAGACGUUUUCAAUGGGAUCGUCAAAAUAGCUGAUUCAAAACAUCACUCGAAAGUUGCCAUUUUUGGAACACUUCAUCGUCAUACGAAUUCAUAUAUGGAGUACUCCCCUUUCACUGUCCCCAUCAAAGCUCUAAUGACGCAAGCAUUUGUGUCAAUCGAAGGAAUUCAUAGUGUUAUGGGAAAGUAUGGAGUCCAGGGUUUAACCGUCGGUCUGAGUCACGAUUAUACGGAAAGACAGUCAGUGCAGUUCGUUGAGGAGGUGUCUCGUAUGCUAAAUAACGUACUUGAGCGACUACAUCAGAGUUAUUUUAUGUACGUUCUAGCCGACGAUAUGCAUUUCCUGUCAAUCGGUUUCUACCUCUUACCGUCUUUCAUACUCAUAUGUCCUCUUCUAAUUUCCGCUUACAAUGAGUGGUUGAAAGUCGACAGCAACUCUGAAAUCCCGCUUGCCGUCAUUGGAAUUCACCUCGGCGGAUAUGCAAUCUAUUUGAUGACACAGUGGAUCUUCACAAAUAUUGGUGAAGUAUUCGCGUUUUCGACUGAGUUCCCAUUCGUUGGGCCUGAUGGAUGCAAGGGACAACUCACAGGCUCAAUGGACAUUGUGAUCAUAUACCUCGCUGUUACGAUGUUGCCACUCGGACUUUAUUUGUUUUCCAUUCAUCCUAUCCGUCCAACUAGUAUUCCAAUCAUGCGAAUUUUCAUUCUUCUGGAAGUCUCCAUCACCAUUUUGUGUCUCUCCCUCAUCAACUUUGGUCUUGGAGUUUUCACAGCCGCCAUCGUCGUCCCGAUUACGUUCUUAAUGACGUUCGAGUCACCACAGAAAGCUCGUAGUCUCUACCGUUCCGGAGUGUUGGCCCUGCUCCAUCCAAUCGCUAUUAUAACCAUUCUGGCUUGGUAUACUCCUGGAUACUCGACUGCCUUCAUUCCGAAAAAAGAGUUCGACACAUGGACUGGCGUCCCGAGAGUGUUCAUACGGAAUAUGAUCAAAAACGACGCAGCUUUCGGAUCCUGGCAUUUCUAUCUCAUUACUAUCAUUGGUUGGCCAAUUUGGAAUAUGAUCUUCUCCUGCUCUCUUCCAUAUGACUUGGAUGUUGAUCGCGUAGCCGCCAAGGCCCGAGAGGCACGAGAAGCUCGAGAAGCCAGAGAAUCCGGAGAAGAGGCCACCACUCCUGAAGAUCCACAUCCACCACAAUCCGUGCCGAUCGCUAGACCAACCACGUCCAACAUCUCAAAGAGAAACAAACGAAAAAAUCAUUGA